AUGGUUUGCUCGUCCUGGUUAGCUUUUCUGGCGCUCGGCCUGAUACGAGCAUCGCCAGCUUGGGCCGCAGAAAAUGGAAUAGAGUCGACAACCAAGGUCGCCGCCGAUGCCUUGAUCAUCGAGUGCGAGAACAGCGAGGCCCGCGAAUCAGUGGCCAAGGCUGUCGAGGCCAGUGGCGGCACGUUGCGCCACGUUUACAAUUCGAAUUAUUUCAACGGCGUUUCAGCUGUACUACCUAAAUUGACGACGGUAGGGGACAGAAAAGCUUUUUUGAAAAAUUUGAAGGGUGUCAGGGCAUCGUGGCCGGCUCAGAGCAUUACUCAAGCGCCCGAGGCCACAACCCAGAACCAGCCCGAGGACAAGCCCGACGUCCCCGAGGGAGAGAAAGAGAAGCCGGGCAAGAAGCCUGAGGCGACGUCAAAAACGGCCAAGCGGCGCCAUCCUCUUAGCCGUCGAGCCGACGAUGACCGUGUCGAGUCCCCUUGGAACCACCUCAUGACGCACGUCGACAAGCUGCACGAGGAGGGAUAUCUAGGGAGUGGUAUCAAGAUUGCUACUGUUGACACUGGUGUCGACUACAAACAUCCCGCACUGGGAGGAUGCUUUGGACCAGGUUGCAAGGUUGCUACUGGAGAGAACUUUUCCAACGAAGGAGACAAAAAGGACCCCAUAGACUGCUCUGGCCACGGCACCAUUGUGGCCGGUAUUCUGGCCGGCUAUAACAAGGCCGAUGGCUUUGUGGGCGCGGCGCCAAACGCAACUAUCAUGGCAUAUCGCGUGCUUAACUGCCAGGCCGAGGGAAGUGAGGACGACAUGAUAGCGGGUUGGCUCAAGGCCAAAGAAGACGGCGCGCAAAUCAUCAUCUCGUCAAUCGGUCUCCAGGGCGAGAACUGGGCUCAGAGACCGCUUGCCAUGGUCGCUGCUCGCAUCGUUGCCAGCGGAGUGCCUUGCGUCGCCGGCCUGGGCAACAUACGGGACAACGGCCUCUUUUACGCCAUGAAUCCCAGCACCGGCCGCGGUGUCACGUCUGUCAACUCGUUUAGCCGCGCGUACGUAGCUCUCGAGCAGCGCGGUGAAUACUCGAUUGGCAACAGGUCCGAGCCGGUUGACUUUACCUUUGAGCCCCGCCGGGGGCUGGACGAUUGGGACGGGGAGUGGCGUCCGGUGCACGACGUCGAUGCCGACUUUGGCGACAAGCCCGACGAUGACCUCAGCAGGGGCAAGGAAGUCCCUACCAGAAUCGACUUCUGGGCGGAGCUCGAGGAAAACUGCAAGUUGUCCCCGGGCAACUCGGGCACCGGCUUCGCCCAGGACCUCGUCGGCCACAUCGCCUUGAUCCGCCAGACACCAGAGACCAAAGACUGCCACUAUUAUGAUCGAGUGCAAAACGCCGUCGCCCGCGGUGCGGCGCACAUCCUUGCUUGGCAAGACGACCCGGUCGUCGUCGAUAUUCGGCCCCAGGACGCAAAUGGAGUUAGGGCAGUCGGCAUUACCGGAGCAGACGUCGGCCGUGCCAUGGCCCGUGCCCUCGCAUCCGGCCAGCCGGUCACGGCACGGAAAAUCGGCCGAGUCCGGAUUGAGACGGGCCGCAUUGCCAAACUUUCGGCGAACGGACCGACGUGGGAAUUGGACAUCAAGCCUACCAUCGGUGCGCCCGGCCAGGAUGUUCCUGUGACCAAGAGGGGCGGCGGCUACGGCUUCGACUCGGGCAGCUCUUUUGCCGGGCCUCUUGUCGCCGGUGUCCUCGCCCUCAUGGCUGAGGUCCGGGGCACAUUCGAUCCUGCUCUCCUCAACAGCCUGAUCAUGUCAACGGCGGAGCCUCAAAGCGACGAUGGCCGUCCGAUUACCGUGGCCCAGCAGGGAGGUGGUCUUCUCAGGGCGUGGGAGGCUGCCCACGCCACUACCCUCGUCGAACCUGGUGCCCUGACAUUCAACGAUACUGAUAACCGUGUUGACUCGAUUGCGCUGCGCAUUAACAAUACGGCCAAGACCGAGGUGACGUACCAGCUUGCCAACCUCGCUGCCACCACGCUGUACACUUUCGGGCGCGACCCAAUUCGCCCUGGCGCUGGUGAGGCUGUCGCCCCCCCAGCCGAUAUCAAGCUGAGCCAGGCCUCCAUCACCAUCGGUGCAGGUCAGUCGGCCACUGUUGACGUCUCAGCUAUCGAUCCCAGCGGCCUUGAUCCCAAGCGUCUGCCCCUGUGGUCCGGUUGGGUCAGCAUCCAGGGGUCUGACGGUACAAACCUGACUGUUCCCUAUCUCGGACUGGGUGGCUCGCUCCGCUCGGCCGCCGUCCUCGAUCCUGCCAGUCAUUUGACCUCUUUGGCCGGCUCAGAAUUCAUUCUUGGCGAUCCGCCAGAGGGACAGAAGCCUGGGCCUUCCAAGGGAAUUACAAGCUCUCCGGACGCUAUUCGCGGUCGAACCAUGUCCACCUCGUUUGAACUCGUUCUCGGCUCGCCCCAGGUUCGCGUCGAUAUUGUGCCGCUCGAUAUGUGCCCGACGCCUGCUCCUGUCAACACGGCAAGCGUCGGCGCUCGAGGCCUGGCCAGCUUUGCUAGGCGAGCAAACGCCACGGAGCCGGAUCUAUCUCAGGCUUGCGUACCCGACUCGAUAGUCACCGAAUUUGCCGGUGUCAAGUCCAUCGGCCAGCUGCCCGGCUAUCCCCAGCACUACGCCCGUCGUAGGAGAGUGCAUGUUGACUGGAGCGGUGCUUUUGCCCCGGGACAGUACGCGCCGCCCGGCCGGUACAAGCUUGUUGCUCGAGCCCUGUCCAUCAUGGGCGAUGCCGCCAACGAGACCCAUUGGCAGACUGUCGAAUCACCCGUCUUUUCCAUCUUGUACAAGCACAAUGUCAAGCCUGCCCAAGAAAACCAACCCGUGGAUGAGGAUAACUGGAGACCUCCCCAGACGCCAGAGGAGGAAGCCGCUUAUUUGGCGAAUUAUAUAGCCCAACACCCUGAGAUUUUCGCACCUGCUGCCGGUACUGAAGACGCUGCUGCUGCCGGCGGUGCUGGAGAUGCUCCUGCUGCACACGACAGUUCCUAG